CCGGGGGCCACUUCACCUGUGUUAUGACUUAACUGUGAGAAAUCCGACUUGCAGAGGCAGUUUCGGGUGUUCAGCGCGCCAGUGUGCUCUGCUACUAAGCUGACAUACAGUAAAAGCUGAAACUGUAGUUAGAAAGAAGACGGAAAAAAAGGUUUAAGGUUUUUCUGGUGAACUUCGGCGCAUCCCGCUUUUGUCCAUAGUGGGUUGGAUCUGACUUGUUGCCCCAGUGGAUCACUGAGGGUCCAUCGGUUGUUGUGGUCCGUGUCCAAUAUACAAGUCAGCGACAGGACUUAAAAUCCUGCUGCAAGGAUGAUGUCCUACAUAAAGCAACCCCAUUACACCAUGAACGGGUUAAAUUUGCCUGGCCCCGGAAUGGAUGUGCUGCACACAACCAUCGCUUAUCCAUCCACUCCCCGGAAGCAGCGCAGGGAGCGCACCACCUUCACCCGGACACAGCUGGACAUCCUGGAGGCAUUGUUCUCCAAGACCCGCUACCCAGACAUCUUCAUGAGGGAGGAGGUGGCCCUCAAGAUCAACCUGCCCGAGUCACGUGUGCAGGUUUGGUUUAAAAACCGCCGUGCCAAGUGCCGUCAGCAGCAGCAGCAGAGCAGUGGCCAGUCCAAGCCCCGCCCUCCGAAAAAGAAGGCCUCUCCAUUGCAGGAACCCAACGCCCCUGAUCCUGUCCCUAACCCGUCUGGGUCCUACAGCCCCUCCUCUACCCAGUCAGGCCCCGGCCUGGUCCCAAGCUCCAGCACUGGGAACAACGCCGUGUCCAUCUGGAGCCCGGCCAUCUCGCCCCUGCCCGACCCCCUGGCCUCUUCCUCGGCCCCCUGCAUGCAGCGGCCCUCACCUUACCCCAUGAGCUAUGGCCAGCCGUCGGCCUACGCCCAAGGCUAUGCCAGCACCACGUCCUACUUCACCGGCCUGGACUGCAGCGCCUACCUGUCCCCCAUGCACUCGCAGCUGUCGGGCACGGUGGGCGCCCUCAGCCCCAUCACUGUGCCCUCGAUGGGGGGCUCCCUGAGCCAGUCCCCGGCCUCGCUGUCCUCGCAGGGCUACAGCACGGCCUCCUCCCUGGGCUUCACCUCUGUCGACUGCCUGGACUACAAGGACCAGCAGGCCUGGAAACUGGGCUUCACCACAAUGGACUGCCUGGAUCACAAGGACCAAAACUCCUGGAAGUUCCAGGUCCUCUAGAGAGAUGUGUCGCUCAUGUGCGUCGACAAGUUGUGUGUGUCAACAAAUCCCAUGUGAGAUAGUGUGAGGCAUGUCUGCUGGAGGACUUGUAAUCUUUGAUUUUAUCUCUCUUGUCUGUAAGAUUUUUGUUUUAUUUUCUAAAGGUGACCUCUGUAGGAAUGCAUUUUAUUUGAAUGACUUCGGAGAUGAAGGGACCAGUGACUGUCAUCAAUGCUGCCUGACUGCAAAUCAUCCGAUGAGUCUUCAUUCAUAAAUAAGGGAACAAAAGCCUUUAAAGAGUUAGUCGGAAAGUACCAGAAUCGUACGUAUGGAAACACGCUGAGUCAUCUCUUCAUUCAACAUGUUCAACUCAGACACAUACAAUUACACAUUUUCUUUUAAACUUGCAUUGUCAUAGAGUGAAAGGGGAGCUGCUGUGAUGGGACGUAGCUCUGAAGUCCUAAUAGGUCACCUUCUCCUUCAGGGUUUAAUCGUUUUAAGUUAUUCAUUAUUAUUUUAUGCUACAUUUAAAUCUGUCAUUUGUUUGCAUUUAGAACUUAGCAUUUGUGUUGCGUGUUGCAGUGUUAGCCUUCAGUGUUAUCAUCCUAAUCUGUUUGAUGGGGAAAAAAAGCUUUGUGACAUAUUAAAGUGAUCUAUUCUUUA